AUGCUUGUUCAUACUGCAGUCCCUUCCUGCUAUUCGAUCGUUCCGGAAGAUUUUAAACGAAUUGUUCAGUACAUCGAUGGUCUGAAAUACGCUGAUGAGCCAGAUUACAUAUACCUGCGAAACUCUCUAGCAGCUAUCGCCAAAGAGGCCAGGGUUGAUUUUAACAAGCCGCUCGACUGGAUCGGUAUCACCUCAAAGAAGCGAGACAAGCCGAAAUCAGGAGUGAGCUAUUCAUAUUUACAAGAUAGUCUUUUAGCAAGAAUCAAGCUCUACAUAUUGUAA